AUGGUACCUUUGGCGCCCGAGUUGAUCUUGCAGGCCUUCGAGCUUGUCGCGGCAUUAGGCCUUGGCGCGCCGCGGGUGGCGCGGCGGGGGCGCCUCGAUCCACAGAGGCUUGGCCUCAGCCUGUUGCGGCGGCUUUGGCUCGCAGAGGAGGCGCUCCUCUACGAGGAGUUCGCGCCGGGCUGGGAAGGCCGUUGGCGGCUGGAGGAGGAUGGGCAACUGCGGCCGGUCAGUCGUUUGGACGCAGACCUCUUUUCUCCGCACGGCCGCCUUUGGUUGCGGGGCACAUCUGGACGUUUGGUGCAUUUGCUGGAGCAGAAGCCCAGCAGCUUGCGCUUCCGGAUCGCAGUGACGGCCGAGGGCGAUUGUGCUCUAGGCCAUGUGGCCUUGCAGGAUGCUGAAGGUCGUGCCUGCGUGUGGGUCUACGUGGAGCGCAGGACGGAGGUGUUUCCUCUCGUCUCGAGCGACUUCGUGGGAAUCCCACUUUGCUGUGUGCAUAUCAACUUAAUGGACUUCCAGCUGCCGUCUAUUUCAGUCAGUAUAGAAGUGGUCUACGUCGAAUGGAUCUACGUCUACGAUUUGCAUGCCUUUCGAUCGCUUCAGCUUUCCUUUGACCUGGAUUGGAUGCAUCAGCGUUUGCUGAACAUUCGUGUGGAUGGCCUAUUGGAGGACUUCCACCACCCUCGCUGCAGCGGCUGCGCCCAGCUUCGGCUCUUCAACAUGAGGGGGCGUGGUUGUGCCACUGCCUGGCGAGAACUCUUGCUGAAAAAGCGACAUGGCCAGUGUCCCGCAGAGUGGCGCCAAAUAGAUGGAAAAACUGUUGAAAGCCCUCGGAAGGUUGACAAAUGA